AUGUGUCGCAGAGUCAGCGACGGCAAGAGUGACCAGUGGUUUACGGUCCUCCCAGAAUCCGACCUCUUCGUUUUGCAGUCCGUCAGCUGCAUACCUGACUUCAUAGGGUUGAGCCACGACUCGCUUUUCUCCUCAGACGACCGGAAGCAUGUGCUCGUACAUGCUGAAAACUCCGCAAACGUAUUCGAUCCUACAUGGAACGUUGAGGAGCUCCGCCAGUACGAAAGAGAUAUAGAAUGGGAUCCUUCACACGAUCCAAUCAAAUACCCUCCCAGAAACCUAUCAUCAACUGCGCAUUCGAAGGACCGCUUUGACGUGUACGAUUCGUUAUUACAGGCCUCAAUGAAUCUGAUCGCCAGGGGAGGUUCAAAGCUGUGGCUUAUUGACAGCCGCCUACGCCGAAAGCAAACCGUUAUAUCAAGCGAUACGAUGCCAAUACUCGGAAGCUGGACGUAUUCCGGCCAAGGCCAGAAGAUGUUUAGGGGGAACGGAUGCAAGUUCUAUGCGAUCUCGGACUAUGACACCUUGGAGGUCUGUGGAGACGAUGGGGAUGGGUACGAGAUUGCCGCGCAGGUUUGCCUCUUUGUUGAGGAGCUGGCUUUUGUGGCAAAAUUUCAGCAUGCAUUGCUUCGUGGUAUCGAUCCCAGCGAUAGAUAUUUGGAACAACUUGGUAUUCUAGUCAGGGAGCGAGACUGGAUUGGAGGCCAAAUAGCUAUCCUGUCUGAUCAACAACAGGACACAAAGGACAUUAUCACAGACGGAAGUUUCAAAGGUAUAAUUAUAGACGAUGGGCGUCAUAGAAAAACUAAUAUCUCCCACCUUGCCAUAUGUGACAUGAACAACGAUAGACUCAGCAUAAUUAAGCACGAGAUCUGGGAUCUUCCACAGCAUGAGUUGCGGCACCCGACUGUCCGAGUUUCCAGCUAUAUUGAGAUUCGCGAGGUGGGGGUUUCUAUCUCUGUCUUAUUCAAUUUCUGCUCACUUGAAUUUCAAAAAUCUCACCGGAGGCAAGAAAUGAUUGAUUCGUUCGCUGAACUGGAGCAUUGUGAUGUUGUUGUGAUCUACUACUUUAUGACUGAUAUUGCCAUCCGAGUUAAGGUCCAAAGGUUAAUGAUUUUAGUGGCUAUUCGGUGCAGGAAACACACCCCAAAUGUGGAAAAGCUAGCCGUUUCUCUCAGGGUUGCUCCGUCUGGCAUUCAACAGAUCAUCAAUCCAAUUUUUAUUUUCCCUAGUACGCUCCAACCUACUCGCCUGUAA